UUCACCUGCAGUUGUGAGCUUGAGGAUUCGGGACAGAGUUGAUCAGUGAGGAGCUUUGUAUUGCAUACGAAACGCUGUAGGGACAUCCUAGAAGAAACACCAGGGAAAUAAAAAAGAAAAACCGAGUCCCAGCUCAAGCUGCUGCUGCUACUGCAUGCUUGCAAAAUGAAAACUGUUUUUCUUGUAUUGCUGAUGAACGCCUUGUCAUUUGGCACAUCUUGGGGGAAUUAUGGAGACCUUGCACCUAAACCGCCAUGUCGAGCUGGAUUUUCAGAAAGUUUUUAUACUGUGCUGGUUUCAAGGGAGAUAUUGGAAGGUCAGAGCAUUCUCAAAGGUUCCACAGUAUCUUCAGGGUACGUGAAAUUUAAUGACUGCCGGGAGAAUGAGGAUGUUGGGUAUGAAAGCAGUGACCUGGAUUUCAAGGUGCGCGCAGAUGGCUCAAUCUACGCGGCUCGUGAGGUAACGAGCCUGUUGCGGCCAGUUCAGUUCACGGUGACGGCCCAUGGUGCUGCCGACCCACAAACAUGGGAGACGACAGUCAGACUGGCCGUGGCAGGACAGGAGACAGCACCGCCUGAGGAGCAAGAGCUAAUGGGGAAGGAGAACGCACCACCAGAGUGGGAUCUGCAGCCAACUCGUACUCUGUUUCCGUGGAAACAGCAGCUGAACUCCAAUGGGCUGAGACGGCAGAAGCGAGAUUGGGUCAUCCCGCCAAUCAAUGUGCCAGAAAAUUCCAGAGGGCCCUUCCCCCAAAUGCUUGUCAGAAUCCGCUCAGACAAGGACAGAGACAUUCAGAUGAGAUACAGCAUCACUGGAGUGGGUGCAGACCAACCCCCUAUGGAAGUGUUCAGCAUUGAUCCCGUAGCUGGGAAGAUGUAUGUCACGAAGCCCUUGGACCGGGAAGAAAGAGCCUCCUAUCAUCUGAGAGCUCACGCAGUGGACAUGAAUGGAAACAAAGUGGAGAACCCCAUUGACCUGUACAUCUACGUGAUUGACAUGAACGACAACAGGCCAGAGUUCCACAACCAAGUCUACAAUGGCUCAGUGGACGAGGGCUCCAAACCUGGUUCCUACGUGAUGAAGGUGACGGCAGUUGAUGCUGAUGAUGACACCACGCCAAAUGGGAUGGUUCGAUACAGGAUCCUGUCCCAGUCCCCACACAGCCCUAUCCCCAACAUGUUUACCAUCAACAGUGAGACCGGGGACAUCGUCACAGUGGCAGCUGGACUGGACAGAGAGAAAGUUUCUCAGUACACCAUCAUUGUUCAAGCCACCGACAUGGAAGGGAACCUGAACUUCGGCCUGUCCAACACAGCCACAGCCAUCAUUAGCGUGACAGACGUCAAUGACAACCCCCCAGAACUGACUGCUAGCACGUUUUCUGGAGAGGUUCCAGAAAACAAGGUGAACAUAGUUGUUGCCAACCUGACAGUGAUUGACAGGGACCAGCCCCACACUGCAAACUGGAACGCUGUGUACCGGAUAGUGAGCGGAGACCCUUCUGGACACUUCACCAUCCGCACCGACCCGGUUACCAACGACGGCAUGGUUACCGUGGUGAAGCCAGUUGACUAUGAGAUGAACAGAGCCUUCAUGUUGACUGUAAUGGUCUCCAACCAGGCCCCCUUGGCCAACGGCAUCCAGUCCUCCUUCCAGUCCACUGCGGGGGUUACCAUUUCAGUGAUGGACGUCAACGAGGCGCCGUACUUCUCAUCCAACCCCAAGCUCAUCCGCUUCGAGGAGGGGGUCCCCUCUGGGACAGCCCUCAGCACCUUCUCCGCCACAGACCCUGACCGCUUUGUGCAGCAGAUAGUCAGGUACUCCAAGCUGUCAGAUCCAGCAAAUUGGCUGAACAUUAAUGCCACCAACGGUCAGAUCACCACCACUGCAGUCCUGGAUCGGGAGUCGGUCUAUGUUAAAAAUAACAUUUACGAAGCCACCUUCCUAGCAGCCGACAAUGGCUUUCCCGCAGCAAGUGGUACAGGCACGCUUCAGAUCUACCUCAUUGACGUCAAUGACAAUGCUCCCGAGCUGCUGCCCAAAGAGGCCCAGAUUUGUGAGAAGCCCAACACCAACUCCAUCAACAUCACGGCUGCUGACGCAGACAUCGACCCCAAUGUGGGGCCCUUCGUCUUCGAGCUGUCAAGCAGAGUGCGCCGCAACUGGACCAUCUCCCGACUCAGUGGUGACUACGCCCAGCUGAGCCUGCGCAUCAUGUUUCUGGAGUCAGGAGUGUACGACGUGCCCAUCAUUAUCACAGACUCGGGAAACCCCCCGCUGUCCAACACCUCAGUUAUCAAAGUGAAGGUGUGCCCCUGCGACGAGAAUGGAGACUGCACCACCAUUGGGGCCGUGGCAUCAACUGGGCUUGGCACUGGAGCCAUCAUUGCGAUCCUCAUCUGUAUCAUCAUACUGCUCACCAUGGUGCUCCUCUUCGUGGUGUGGAUGAAGAGGCGGGAGAAGGAGAGACAGACCAAACAGCUCCUGAUCGACCCCGAGGACGACGUACGAGACAACAUCCUGAAAUAUGAUGAAGAAGGCGGUGGCGAGGAGGACCAGGAUUAUGACCUGAGCCAGCUCCAGCAGCCCGAGUCCCUGGAUCACAUCAUCAGCAAGCCCCCUGGGAUCAGGAGGGUGGACGAGAGACCUGUGGGAGCCGAGCCCCAGUACCCCAUCCGACCGGUCGUCCCCCACCCCGGGGACAUUGGGGAUUUCAUCAACGAAGGCCUCAGAGCUGCGGAUAACGACCCGACGGCACCUCCCUAUGACUCGCUCCUGGUGUUCGACUACGAAGGAAGCGGCUCGACAGCGGGCUCUGUAAGCUCACUCAACUCAUCCAGCACCGGCGACCAGGACUACGACUAUCUCAGCGACUGGGGCCCGCGCUUCAGGAAGCUAGCAGACAUGUACGGGGGCGGAGAUGAAGACUAAGUGACCUCAACCAGCGAGGCGAAGACGACGCUCCAGAAACCAACCAACCAAGAGUGAGGACUGUACAGAGGCAGCUUUUUAAUCAAUGUCCCCUGCUGACAGUAAAACAAGCAAAAACAAAUGUGUUUUAUUUAUUUUAUUUUUUUGUGUCAUUGUUUUUUUCUUCUCUUUUUAGAAUAUAUAAGCUGUCUAAUAGCAUGAAUGAACGCUUGUUGUCUUAGCUGCAUUGUUCUAUUUCGAUGCAGGCAGCAGGGAGGUGCAUUAUUUUGCUUGAAACCUUCGCUUUAUCAUUAAAGAGAGUGAAAGGCAUUCUUUCUUAACUUGAAUUCCUUAGAACAGAAGCACUGUUGUCAAAGUGCCUUUUUCGGUGCGUUUUAUCGGAUUCCCGCUAUCUCAGGAUUGAACGUCAUUCAAAUGGCUCGGGCAGCACUCUCUCCCUCUUUGACCCUGAAAAAAAAAAAAAAAAACUAGUUGGUAAUAUAAGAAAAAAAAAUUAAUUAAAAAAAAAAAGUUUUGCAUUUUAUUUUCAGAUUGCCUUUAAAAAAAAAAAAAAAAAAAAAAAGUAGUGAAUAAAAAACAAGUGGUUUGUGCAACUAUAAACAGCCAUCUUCAUCCCUGAAGCAAACAAAAAAGUUAGGACAAACUGAACACCCCCACUCCCCUUCCCCACAGAGGUGUCAUUAUGAAUUGUGUCUGUGAUGCAGUAUGGGGCUUUUAUUUACUGUGAGUCUGAAUAUUCAGGACAGUAGAUUAUUGAAACCAUUUGGUAAAUGAUCCUUGCUGCUGUUAAGCAGGUCAGAAGCACAUUCUUGUAAAUACAUUCAAAAUGAUGCUAUUAUCAGGUAAACAGAAGCUUCUGUUAUACUUUUGGUGGCACAUAGUCAGUUAAAACAAUGAUCCAAUGAGAGUUGUUGGUUGUAAUAUUUGAUGAAGUAUGGGUUUUAUGUUACAGCAAGCUGACAAACAUUCAUAACUACGGUAAGGCAUACUGUGUAUAAAUACACACAAGAAUAUAAAUAAACGCGGUGCAGCGAGGGUCUGUUGAAUCCUAAAACAAACGUUAUACCUUCCGCUAUACAGGGUCAUCUAGUUCAGUGGAACUGUUGUGUGUUUGAGAUUUAGCUAACUUCUAUUACCUUGCUGUGUAAACUAUCAUAUUUAACCUGCUGGGUUGCACACACUCAAUUCUAAAAGUCUUAACUACACUUUAAAAAAGGCAUGUAUGAUCUUGACGGCACUGGAAGCCAAAUUAGUUCUGCUUCUUUGAUUUAGACAUUUAGACCACUUUUUUGUCCUGAUAAAGUGAAGCGGG